GUGACGCAGGGGGGAGAGAAGGGGGCGCGCUGAGGUGCGGGAGCCCCCCCCCCCUCCCCGCUGACGUAGGGAAUCCCCUGGAUGACGUCAGAAUGGACCCCAUCUUAUGGCGGGACAAUAUCCCACCCAGCCCUCCUACCCUGUGCAGGCUCCGGCCAGCGCCGCCGUGUACCCACAGAGCGUGCCCCUGCCACAGCCGCCACCCUACACAGAUGCACCUCCUGCUUAUUCCGAGCUUUACCGUCCCAGCUUUGUGCCGCUGGGGGCUGCCACCGUGCCCACCAUGUCUGCAGCAUACCCGGGGGUCUUCCUGCCCAUGGCCCAGUCGGUGGCCGUGGGUCCGCUCAGCUCCUCGGUCCCCAUGGCAUACUAUCCCGUGGGACCGGUUUAUCCCCCGGGAUCCACAGUCCUUGUUGAAGGUGGCUUUGAUGCUGGAGCGAGGUUUGGAGCUGGUGGAACCGCCAGCAUCCCUCCCCCCCCUCCUGGCUGCCCCCCCAACGCCGCCCAGCUGGCCGUAAUGCAGGGAGCCAACGUCUUGGUGACACAACGGAAGGGCAACUUCUUCCUGGGAGGCUCAGAUGGCGGCUACACUAUCUGGUGAAGGAGGAAGGGGAAGGGGGGGAGAGGGGGGGCUACAUUUGUGUAAGGAAAGACAUCACAUUCUGUCAGCACUUCUCACGAUGUAACUGCUUUAGUCCAUAUUAACCUGAAGUUGCAGAGUAGACACGAAGCGGUGCGGUGUCUCCUGGUUCGGUGCCUGCAGGCACGUUGAGGUGAAGCACGAAGCCCUGGUGAUGCUGGCGGUGCCUCUGUUGGAGCGGGAAGGGGGAAUUAAUCCAUGGGAUGAAUGGGAGGGCAGCAGCCCUGCCUCUUCCUUUCACUCACCGCAGCGCUGAGCUCGUAGGAAUCAGCUCCUUCCACACUGGCUUUGGGAUGGGUGAGGGAGCGGAUCCGCUUCCCCCUUCCCUUCCUGCUCCUCCGGGCCCGCUGCACCCAGAGCCACGAGCACCCGGGCUUCCCUUGUACUGAAGCAAAGGUGCUGGGGAGAGCAGCGAUUCCCAGCAGCGAGCAGGGCACCCUGGCACCUCUCCCUUGCUGACCUCACUGAGGACGCAUCCCUGGGAGCGCUCCCUGCUCGCCCAUCGCUUCCCUGCAGGAAGGUUUGCAGCUGGCGGCUCAUGGGAUUGGUUUUAGACACUCCAAGUAAUCUUGGAUUUCUUUGCACACUAGAUCUAAUCAAAGCCAUGCUUUGGUGCCAGAAACACAACGCAGCUCAUGUUCCUUUCAUUCAGUGCUAAUGAGGCUUUUAGAGCGAUGCUUAAUAACCAACCUCCUUCUUCCUUGCUUUCAAACUCAACUGGUGUCUUGACACCCAAACUCCUUCCGGCUGUUGCUCAAACAGAGCGGGUGGUUACCAUCUGCCCAUCAACACCCGAGUGAGCCGGCUCAAUGGCUUGGUUUCUGAAUGCAUACUUUAAAACAAUGAAGUCUUAUUAGGGGUAAGAAGAAUAUUUCAGGGAUCCUCCGUGUUUUGGGUUUGGUUUUGAGGUGUUUUUCUUUUGUUGUUGUUGUUGUUGUUGUUUUAUGAAGACAAAUACCAGAUUCAGAUAUAUUUUAUCUUGAGGUUUCAGUUGAAUCUAAACCUGUCUUGUCCCUGUUGUGUUUAACCAUCAACUGACUGUUAGGAAGCUCGGCAUUACGUCUCUCUCUGUAUACACUGUGGUGCACUUAACUUGUGGAUUUUUUUAUACUAAAAAGAAGUAGAAUAAAGACUAUUUUGAAAAUUUGA